GGUCCUCCCCGGCGCAGCGCGUGCGCAGAGGCGCCGCAGGGCUGGGGGCGGGGGUGGGGGGGUGGGGGUGGCGGGGCUGUCAUUGUGUUCGUGGCGAGGAGGAGGCGGAGGAGGAGGCGCAGCCGCCGCCGCCGCCGCGCCCAUGGAUCUCCUGUCACGCCGCGGGUAUUGGAGGAAGGAGGGAAGCAAAACACAGGGCUAAAUAUCAGAAUUUAUUUUAAAGAAGAGGUGAUAAUGCACCAUGGCAACAGUCCUCAGAAUGUCCAGCUCCAGAGAUCCAGGUCCUUCACAGGCAGUGAAGGGGAAGACCAGCAGUCACAUUCAAAUCUACCCCAGUCCCCUGCAGCUCCAUUUGCUCCUUCAGCAAGCCCGUCUGCACCACAGUCGCCCAGUUACCAAAUACAGCAGCUUAUGAAUAGAAGUCCAGUAGCUGGUCAGAAUGUAAACAUUACCCUUCAGAAUGUUGGACCAGUAGUUGGAGGAAACCAGCAGAUCACCCUGACCCCUUUGCCAAUCCCCAAUCCAACUUCCCCAGGUUUUCAGUUUAAUUCUCAGCAAAGGAGGUUUGAGCAUGGCUCCCCAUCCUACAUUCAAGUUACCUCCCCGUUGCCCCAACAAGUCCAGUCUCAAAGCCCUGGGCCAGUUCAGGCCUUACAGAGUGUGCGGGCAGGCACUCCUGGCCCGGGACUGGGUAUUUGCAGCUCCAGCCCCACUGGAGGCUUUGUGGAUGCUAGUGUGCUUGUGAGACAGAUCAGUUUGAGCCCUUCAAAUGGUGGACACUUUGUGUACCAGGAGGGUUCAGGCAUCACCCAGAUUUCUCAGGGAGGGCAAGUUCAACUCCAGCACGCGGGGGCCCCUAUUACCGUUCGAGAACACAGACUUUCACAGCCCCACGCCCAGACGGGCGGCACCAUUCAUCAUCUCGGACCCCAGAGCCCAGUAGCUAGUGGUGCCAGUAUGCAGCCUUUGACUAGCCCCAGUCACAUUGCAACGACCAGCUUGCCGCCCCAGAUCAGUAGUAUUAUUCAAGGACAAUUGAUUCAACAGCAGCAAGUGCUUCAAGGACAGCAGUUGAAUAGACCUAUGGGGUUUGAGAGGCCUUCGGGUGUCUUAAUAUCUGGAGUCGGAGGCCCUUCAGCCUUCGGGAUGACUUCACCACCCCCUGGACCGACCAGCCCUUCUCGAGCUGCUGUGCCACAGGGUCUUUCCAGCCUUCCUCUCGCUCCUGCAGGAAGUUUGGGAGUGAAAAAAGUACCUAAAAAAUUGGAGGAGAUUCCAGCAGCGUCUCAAGAAACAGCUCAGAUGAGGAAGCAAUGCCUGGACCAUCAUUACAGGGAGAUGGAGGCUCUGAAAGAGAGCUUUAGGGAGUGUUUGAUUGAACUGUUUUUCUUGCAGCAUUUUCAAGGGAAUAUGAUGGAUUUCUUAGCUUUUAGGAAAAAACACUAUGCACCCUUGCAAGCGUAUCUUAAGCAAAAUGAUUUGGAUCUUGAGGAAGAGGAAGAGGAGGAAAAAUCUGAAGUCAUCAAUGAUGAGCAAAUGCACACAGGUUCGCCAGUAGCUGGAACUGUGACUACUUUAGAAAUUGAAACAUUUAAGAGACAACAAACAAUGACCCAAGCAGAUUCACCUAAGAGACCUCGGAUUGAUGUGGGCUGUCAUGGGGUGGCCUUUCAAUAUCCAGUUGUGACUUCAGGAGUCCCUCUUCAGCAAUUAAUGCCAACAGCACAAGGCGGAAUGCCUCCCACUCCUCAAGCUGUACAGCUCACUGGACAGAAACAAAACCAACAGCAGUAUGAUCCAUCCAAAGGUCCUCCCGUGCAGAAUGCUGCAAGUCUACAUACUCCUCCACCUCAGCUUCCUGGGCGGCUGCAGCCUGCCAGUGUCCCGGGCACAUCCCUCCCAUCGACACUGCAAAUCUCACAGCAGCCCCAGCAGCAGAUGAUGGAGACCCAGCCCCAGCCUCCAGUUCUGGUGAAGACCCAGCCACUCAAUGUACCCAUCCCUGCUGCUCCCGCCAGCCAGCCUCCAGCACCCCUUCCACAGUCUCUCAUGCCAGUCCUCCACGUCCAGAUGCAAGGACAGCCACCUGCCCAAGUCUCUCAAUCUCAGGCGACAGUACAACAACAGGCUGUUUCACUGCUGCGACCAUCUGCAGAUCUUGCCCAGGCUUCUCAGCAUCUUCUGGCAGACACUCUGCUUCCCUCAUCUCUUCCACUGUCAGCUCCUUCAGACACAGCACCACCCUCUGUAUAUCCUUUGCAGACAAAUAGAACUUCCCCGGAGACCAAAUCCUUAUCCCCUGUUGUAUCCAAGCCCGCAGGUUUAGCCGUAGCUACAGCACCAACAAUUCAGAUCCCAGCCCAGAAUGCAGUGGGCCUGCCUCCGGAGAGUUCCCAGGACAAGCUUGCUGAGCAAAUAAAACUGGAAAACAACACCCAUCAGCGAAUUGCAGAGUUGAGAAAGGAAGGUCUGUGGUCUCUCAGACGUCUGCCAAAACUGCAGGAGGCCCCACGACCAAAGUCUCAUUGGGAUUAUCUCCUCGAAGAGAUGCAAUGGAUGGCGACGGACUUUGCUCAAGAGAGAAGAUGGAAAAUGGCGGCAGCCAAGAAGAUGGUCAGAACUGUGGCUCGUUACCUUGAAGAAAAGAAACUCAAUGAAAUGAGAAACAAAAAGGAGGAACAGAACAAGUUAAGACGUAUUGCGGCAUCAAUUGCUCGGGAAAUCGAGUACUUCUGGUCUAAUAUUGAACAGGUUGUAGAAAUUAAGCUGCAUAUUGAAUUUCAAGAGAAACAAAAACAAGCAUUAAAUAUUAAGAAAUAUUCAAGACAAGGUAAGGACCCAAAGCCACUAGAAGCUAGCGUUAAGAUAGAAAAUGAAAGCGGUAUGACUUCUCCAUCAGGCAAGAAGAGAAAGGCAAGCACAUCUUUGACCGAUGAGGAAGUGGAAGAUGAGGAGGAGACAAUUGAAGAACAAGAAUCAAAAGAGGCAAAUAUAAACCAUCAAGCAGAGCUAUGCCGCUUAGUCCGAGAAGCUGAAUUGCCUUUGGAUGAUUUAGUCAAGUUAUAUGAAGGCGCUUUUGUGGGAAGUUUCAAAUGGCCACAGUCUAUGCGCGACAGUGAAGAAACUACCAGUGAAGAAGAUCUAGAAGAGAACACCAAUGCCAAAGAAAAGAAGGAAGUAGUCAUCAUAGAUUCGCUCCUUAGUGUUGGGCAAUACCGAGGUGUGGAGAGAACUGGUCCUAGCAAGAAGCACACGAGAGAUAUUGCAGAGGUGGUAGCAGCAGCGGAAACUCUGUUACCCAAGGGCAGUGCCCGCAUCACAACCGCGGUAAAGUUCACUACACCGUGCUUAUUGUAUGGGGUUCUCAGAGAGUACCAGAAGAUUGGGCUGGACUGGUUAGCCAAACUCUACAGGAAGAAUCUCAAUGGCAUCUUGGCAGAUGAUGCCGGGCUUGGCAAAACUGUGCAGGUUAUUGCCUUUUUUGCCCAUUUAGCUUGUAAUGAAGGUAAUUGGGGUCCCCACCUUAUUGUGGUUAGGAGUUGUCAUAUAUUGAAGUGGGAACUUGAACUGAAACGUUGGUGCCCCGGCUUGAAGAUUCUUCUUUACUUUGGCGGCCAAAGAGAGCUUAGAGCAAAGAGACAGGAAUGGACUGAGCCCAACAGCUUCAAUGUGUGUAUCACCUCCUACAAGCACUUCUUUAAAGGGCACCAGGCCUUCGCCAAAGUCAGGUGGAAGUACCUUGUUGUUGAUGAAAUGCAGCAGAUCAGGAACAUGACAGAAAGACACUGGGAGGCGCUUUUCAGCCUCCGGAGUCAACAUCGUUUGCUUCUGAUUGACACGCCUUUACAUAAUACCUUGAUGGAAUUGUGGACCAUGGUGCACUUUCUGAUUCCUGGAAUUUCAAGACCAUAUUUGGAUUUUCCAGUGAAAGCCGCUAGUGAAGAGAACCAAGAUUAUUGUCACAAACUUGUCAUAAGAUUGCACAGAAUGAUACAGCCAUUUAUUUUACGAAGAUCAAAAAGAGAUGUAGAAAAGCAGCUCAGUAAGAAAUACGAGCACGUGUUAAAGUGCCGCCUUUCUAAUCGCCAGAAGGCCUUGUACGACGAUGUGAUCCUCCAGCCAGGAACCCAGGAAGCACUCAAGAGUGGACAGUUUGUCAGUGUCCUGCACGUCCUGAUGAAGCUGCAGAGGAUCUGUAACCACCCCGAUCUCAUUGACCCCAGGCUCUCAGGUGCCUCUUACGUGCUGGAGGCCCUCGAGUUCAGGACUGCUGCUGCCAUUGUGCAGGCCCUGGAGCGUGAACUCUGGAAGGACACUGACAUGUCUAUAUUUGAUCUGAUCGGGGUAGAAAAUAAAAUGACGCAUUAUGAAGCCCAGGUGCUGCCCAAACAAAAGAUAAGCCGGAAGCUGAUGGAGGAGAUCUACACAUCGCCUCUGCCCCAGUCAAGGCCCCGGCCUGUCAAGAUCAAGCCCAACAGGUUGUUUCAGCCUGUGCAGUAUGGACAGAAGCCAGAAGGCAAGACUGUUGUUUUCCCAAGCCCUCAGAUACAGCGUACUCUCACCACAGCUGCAGGAACCCAGACGGGGCAAGGACGAGGAAGGUCCCCCAUUGUAGAUCAAGGUGGGGAGGUGAUGAAAGGUGCUCAGCGGGCUCCUCUCACAGCAGCUCAAGGCAGGAUAGCUCAGCCGGAGACCCCCGUGACCCUGCAGUUUCAGGGGAAUAAGUUCACCCUGUCACAUAGUCAGCUCUGCCAGCUCACUGCCGGCCAGCCUCUGCAGCUUCAAGGAAAUGUUCUUCAGAUUGUUUCUGCUCCUGGACAACAGUAUUUGCGUCCCCAAGCAUCUCUUGUUAUGCAACCUGUGUCUCAGGCUGGAACAGGACAAAAUGCUCUCAGCACACUAGGAAAUCAGCAUCAGGGAAAGAUUCUGGGCUCUGCAGCAGUCUCUCACCAAGUUGGUGUGCCCAGCAGACCUGCAGUUGUUAACCUGCCUUCUGGGGAACAAAGAAUCAUAUCCAAAUCAGCGGGAACUCAGACACAGAUAUCAUUGGCAGAAAAAAGCAGACUUUUAAAAGAGCGUCUCGAUAGGAUAUUUUCUGGCAAUGAACGGCGUUGCUCCAGAGCUCCUGUUUAUGGCAAAGAUGUGUUGGGAAUUUGCUCAUUAUUUGGGGAAAGGAAGGCAGCUCAGCAUUAUUACCCUGGAGACAAAUCGGAAUGGGCCGGCUUGGUGAAUUGUUGUCCUUCCUCAUGUACGCCAGAAAGUUCAGCGGACCCACUACAGUAUCUGAGAUUGACAUCACAUCAACAGAAUGAAUCUCUACAGGAUGCCAUUAAAAGGGUGCUCCGUGUUCUACCAGCUGUGAUCGCUGCGCCCCCUCACCUCUGCACGUCAAAUCCUUCUCCAUCCUACAGCCAAAAAAUGAACCUCUUCAGACACAAUCUCAAGCUGGAGCUGGCUCCUUACUUGCACCAACUGCAGCAGAUAGCAGCUCCACAUUCAUUAGAGUUCCCUGAUCUCCGACUGGUGCAGUGCGAUUCAGGCAAGUUAGAAGCUCUGGCCAUCUUGCUGCAGAGAUUGAAAUCGGAAGGCCGCCGGGUGCUCAUUUUGUCCCAGAUGAUUUUAAUGUUAGAUAUCUUGGAGUUAUUUUUGAACUUCCACUUCCUUACCUUCAUCAGAAUUGACGAAUAUGCCAGCUAUGAGCAGCGUCAGGAACUGAUGAAGAGUUUCAACAGAGACAAGCGGAUAUUUUGUGCCAUUCUUUCCACCCACAGUCGCUCUACAGGUGUAAAUCUUGUAGAAGCUGACACAGUUGUGUUUUAUGAUAAUGACUUAAAUCCUGUGAUGGAUGCGAAGGCUCAAGAAUGGUGCGAUAGAAUCGGGAGAUGCAAGGACAUUCACAUAUACAGGCUUGUAAGUGGUAAUUCUGUAGAAGAAAAGCUGUUGAAGAAUGGCACCAAAGAUUUAAUUAGAGAAGUAGCAGCUCAAGGAAAUGACUAUACCAUGGCCUUCUUAACUCAGCAAACUAUCCAGGAACUCUUUGAGGUCCAUUCUCCUAUGGAUGAUACUGGCUUCAGAGUGAAAGCUGAGGAAUUUGUUCUUCUCUCUCAGGAACCUCCUGUGGCUGAAACAAUUGCACCCAAGGUUGCAAAACCUUUUAUAGAGGCUUUGAACAGCAUUGAACAAGAGGAUGAAGAAGAGCCAGUCAAACAAGCAGAGGAAGUAAGAACAACCGAAAUGGAAUCUCUCCCAACAGCUUUCAUCUCAGACCUGGAUGACUUGAAAUGUGAUGAAGAGCCUUCACAGAGGGAGGAAUUAUUUGCAGUUGUUGACCAACUUACUCCCAUAGAGAAAUAUGCAUUGAAUUAUCUGGAGCUCUUCCAUGUUUCUGGUGAUGAGAGUGGACAAAGAAUAAUAGAGAGGAAAUUGAAGAAUGUGAAGAAAAUUUGGGAACUCCAUCAUAUGAGAGAAUUGAAGGAAAAAGCAGAAAGCAUGUUUCUAGAGGAGGAAGAGGAGUUAUUGACUUACACGAGGGAAGAUGCCUAUAAUAAGGAAUAUGUUUAUGAAGGUCCAGAUGGACAAACCGAGAUAAUGCCACUUUGGACCCCUCCCACUCCCCCUCAGGAUGACAAUGACAUUUACAUCGAUCCUGUCAUGUGUCUAAUGUAUGAAGCCACACCCAUUCAGGAGUCCAAGCUGCCGCCGGUGUAUGUGAGGAAGGAGCACAGACGCCCCAAAGCAGAGCCCUCUGCUGUCGGUCGAAAGAAGAAGCAGCGGCACGGGGAGGUUGUCAUUCCUCCUCGAUCCCUCUUUGACCGGGUGACUCCAGGGACAUCUAAGCUGCGCCGAGAGGGCAGAGAGCAGAAGAAGAACAAUCCAACGAAGCAGCAGACUCAGUUUGCCAAACCUUCUCCGACAGCAGAGGCUGGGCAGGAUAGCCCCGAGUGGCUCAUUAGUGAGGACUGGGCACUGCUGCAGGCUGUAAAACAACUGCUUGAACUUCCUUUAAAUCUUGCUAUUGUGUCACCAGCACACAUCCCUAAUUGGGAUCUUGUAAGUGAUGUUGUCAACUCCUGCAGCCGGGUUUACCGCUCUCCCAAACAGUGCCGAAACCGCUAUGAAAAUAUCAUUAUUCCGAGGGAAGAAGGAAAGCUCAUGUUUGAGGCAAACCCUAAAAAGAAGGCCAAAAACGUCUAUAAGACCAAGAACAGUCGUCCACUUCGCACUAACCAGGUCUAUGCUCAAGAUGAAGGUGCCACUCGCACCCAGCUUUAUAUCAAUCACUUUGAGAUGGCAAAAAUGAUUGCAGGAAAGAGAAGUCCCCUGAGCAAGCCCCUGCUUGGAAUGAAUCCUUUCCAGAAGAAUCCCAAACAUGCAUCAGUGUUUGCUGAAAGUGGAAUCAAUUAUGACAAGCCCCUGCCUCCAAUUCAGGUUGCUUCCCUACGUGCUGAACGUAUUGCUAAGGAGAAGAAGGCUUUGGUGGAGCAGCAGAGGGCCCAGCAGCCAACAGGGAUACAGCAGCAGCAGCAACAACAAAGCAACCAGCAACAGACCCAGCAAGCAACUGGGCAGCAACAGCAGCAGCCUCAGGCUCAAGUGCAGCCCCAGCCCCUGCCUCAGCCUCAGCCUCAGCCUCAGCCCCUGCCCCUGCCCCUGCCCCAGCCCCAGCCCCAGCCUCAGCCACAGGUAGUCCAGCAGUCCUCAGCUUUAGUCCAGCCUUCAACAACUACUGUAGCCAACUCUGCAGUAUUGGCUGGAACAAUCAAACCUGCAGUCACAGGUGCAAGCAUUCAGGCAGCUACCAUGAAUGGAAAUGUCAUUGUGAAUACAGUUGCUGGCGUCCCAGCAGCUACAUUUCAGCACGUCAAUAAACGUCUUGCCUCACCAGUGAUGCCUGGACCACUGGCAGCUACGGGAGGCGGCACUCCUGCUCCAGUGGUUCACAGCCAGCCUCGGCCGGCUGUCACGCCUGCUACUUCUGCCGAGCUCCUCUCUGGUGCAUCCACACAGGGGGUGCGAGCAGUCACUCCUAUCCCAGCAUGCACUGUGGCCAUGACCAGCCUGACCCCUACGCAGGCUCAGACAAGGUCGUUAGUGACUCAGGUAACACAAGGGACAGCCACUGGAGUUCAACUUUCCAGCAAAACCAUCACUCCUGCCCACUUCCAGCUUCUCAGGCAGCAGCAGCAGCAGCAGCAAGCAGCAACUCAGGACCACCUGAUCAAGCUUCAGAAGCAUAAACUGCAGCUUGCCUCCCAGCCUCCACCGCCUCAGCAGCCGUCUCUGCCAGGACCACAGACAGCUCCGGCGCCUCCUCAGCUGCCCCCUCUGCUGCCGCCUCCAGCACCUUCCCCCCAGCUCACUGCGGUCCAGACCCCCCGGCCCGGAGCCGUAUUGGCUGGCACCGCUGUGGCCAAUCUCCAAGUCGCUCGCCUUACCCGUGUGGCCACUUCCCAGCUUCCAGCUCCAGGACAGACUGCCCCUGCAACUCCUGCCAAACCUCCUGGGGCAUCAUCGCCGGCAGUCACAGCCCUACCAGUGAACAGGACAGGAAUUGGGGGGUCUCUUAGCCAGCCCCAGAAAGCCACAGGACCGACAGUAGUUGCUCAGCCAUUGCAUGUCCAACAGCUUCUGAAACUCAAAAACCACCAGCAACAGAAAGUCAUGCAGCCUCAAAGUCAAGCAGCUGGCCAGCAGAAGAUCAGUGCGCAGCAAGUCACUGUCCAGGCCCAGCCGCAGAAAGUGGCUUAUGCUUCUCAGCCCAGCAUUAAAACUCAGUUCCUGACGACACCCCUCUCCCAGGCCCCAAAGCCCACAGGAGCCCAGCAAGUGCCAUCCCCAAUACAGGUCGCAAAGAUUCCUCAAGUUGUUCAGCAACAAACAACAGUGGCCAAUAUUCAACAGAUGGUUUCUGUUUCCCAGCAGAUUCAGCCUCAGCCACAAACUGUGACUAUGUCCCAGACUGCGGCCGGCCCGCACCAAGUACAAGUGCUUCCUGCAACAACAGUGGCUCCUCAGACAGUUCAGCAGAAACUUGUGCAGCAUCAAGUCGUGACCCCUGCCACACCACAGCUGCAGGUCCCAGGGGGACCGAACCCUGGCCGGGUCCCUCCAGCCUCCGAAGGGCAAAGUCAGCCAUCCAAAGGACAGAUGCGGAUGUCUGCGGUCAGAUUAAAGGCAUUGCCCAAAUCCAACUAAAGGGGUGCCCGAAUAUGGCCGGCCAGAGAGAAUCUGGAAACGCCAGGGAAAGGUUAUCUAGUGUCAUGAAACACCUUUAAAAAGUUACACUUUAUCUAUGAUUGUACGCGGUUGGUGAAAUCCUACUUUGAAAAGCUGACUUGCUCUUAUUGGACCAUCAUUGAGUAUUAAUGCAGACUACAUAAAGAAUGUCAACUUUCUGUUCUUUCCAUUUACAAGUUCAACAGAGAUUGUUAGAAACAUUCUCUGCCCUCUUAAAGCGGAUGGUCCGACGCAGCAGCCCCUAACAUCAUAGGCCAUUUUGUCUGUUCAGAAGUAAGUCUGACUGGCCUGGGCUGCAAGCUUUCUGGGUAAAACUGGCCCCUCUCCCCUUCCACAAGCAGUCCCGCCUAGAACAAGUCUGGGUGUAAUGUGAUCUGUAGUCCUUCAGUGUGACCAUCUGCGUCUAGCACUGCUUUGCACAUUAGUAGGUGCCUAAUAAAUGUUUGUUGAAUUGAAUCUGGACGUAUAGUUAAGAUUUUAACAAAAGUUCAUCUUCCGUUCUUGUAAUUCUUUUGAACUGUUAGUUCUGUGUACAAUUCCUGAAGCUGUAUGUGUGCGCGUGUGUGUGUGCGCGUGUUUGCUUUCAUUCUUUGCUUUGUGAUAAUGGUUAUUCUUGGAAUGUAAUGAGUGUGUUGAUCCUAGUUCUAUGUAUAGUAAAACUGUAACCUUUUUGUAAAAGGAGUAUUCACUUUGUACCUCGGAGAAUUUCCUAUUUGUCUAGUUUGAUACUUCCAGUUUGGGAGAAUUUUUAACUGCUGGGGUUUAAUUUAAGUUUCAUUUGCUUUUGUGAUGUUUCUGUGUUCAGUACAAAAUCUAUUCAGCCUUCAGCUGGGGAAGAGAGAAAAGUAAACAAAACCCAAGAUUUAAUUCUGAAUUGUGCAAAGAGUACACUUUUAUAUGAUUAUUUUACUAAAGUCAGUAAGAAUAAUGAAUGUAUAUUCAGGUAGAUGUUUGGAGGAUGGGGUCACAGUCUGUUACUAUCCUAAAGGAGCUUGCCUCAUUUUUAAAGAAAUGAUACAACAUAACGUAUGGUCCUAAGACUUGUCCACAUGUGAACCUUCUGAAAAUAAAGCUCGCUUACGUAAGAGGCCCAAAGAGCUCCUCUUGAAUUGGUCCUGCCUUUUACUUUGACUGUGGCUCAUGUGACAGUGACAAGAGGGAUUUUUCCAUUACAUUUCAUAAAGUGGAUUUUUUUAAAGUAUUUUUUUCCUGUGAUGUGGGAUUAUUUGAUUUUUUGGUGGGAGUUUAAUUAAAAAUAAAAGCAUUUUUACUUUAUGAGACAACUUUAAAGAUAAGACAUUAUUGGUAUUAGAUGAAAUGUAAUGACAAUGCAAGAAGGCUUCUCAGUGGUUCUGGUCUAGGUCAAAAUUGUUACGUCUUCUGGGCACUGGAAUGUUUUCUGGGCUGUGUCCCCUCUCUGGGUCACCCUGGUCACGCCCUGACUCUGAAACCACUCUUUGUUACCCAUUUAUCUUUCAGGGCUUUUCAGAUGAGCAGUGAGGUAGGCUCAAAGUGCCAUUUGAGUUUGUUAAAUUUGGGAACAAAAGGGAGAAACAUUUUGCAUCCCUGGCCCAUUUCAGAAUCAUGCCAAGUUAGCUCGUUUUUCCUUUGGAACGUUCAGCUCUGUGUCCUGCAUGGCCUGCCAGAGGCAGCUGGCUCCAUGGCCCAUCCAUCAAUCAGCAAAGACAGAAACACCUUUCUUAACUUUUAAUAAAAAUCUCUCUCUCCCAGUGGUCAGCUGGUACUAGGAAGGCAGGGCCAAGUAUAAAUUAUGGAUGAAUGUGAGCGCUUGUACUUGCUUUGUAGGAUUGUAUGGAAUUGUGAUGUAUCCUACCAAACAGAGAGUGUAAUAAAGUGUACAUUUUUAUA